AGCCUCUCCUCUGCUGGAACAGAUAAAGGAGGUCACUUGGUUCCUCCACAACAGGUGGGGGAGUGAGGAUGGGGAGGCUGGAUGUAUAAAUGGGGGGCCAGGAGGCAGCAGAGGCACUGAUCACUGGGAAACUGCCUCGCUCUGCCCACUCUCGCAUCCCAGGCAUCUCUGUCCAGCAUGGCCAACCACCCACUGCUGCUGCUGCUGGCCCUGUGGAUGCUAGCUGGGGGGCUGUGGCUGGAAGCCGAAGCUCAGGAAGCACCAGAAGAUGGAGUGAAGCUUUGUGACCGAGAAUUCAUCAGGACACUCAUCUUCACCUGUGGAAGCUCCCGAUGGAGGCGGUCGGACAUCCUGGCCCGAGAAGCAAUAGGUGAGGCUGGGAGGUAGUGGAAGGUGUGAAAUGGGGAUAUGGGACAUGGGAUGAGCCCAAGGAGGCAGGGACAAAAAUGAGAACAA